GAAGAAAGCAAAAAUAAAAAAGAAUCUUGAAAAAAAAAACCACUCAACUCUCCGCACCAUGUAUAGUGGGAAGAACUCUUUUUCGAAUCUGAACGUCUUUUAGCUCAAAAAGACGAUAGAUAGCAUUCCUCCCCCAGACACAUCCUGUUACCUAACCCCCCGGAACUCGAGGAGCAAGAAACCUAUGAACAGAGAUUGGUUUUUCCAAAGGUUCUAACUUUUCGCUUGCCCAGAUUUUGCCAGAGGAAUGCAAAAUAGGCCAUCUCUCUCUUGCUUGUUUCUCAUUCAGUGUGAUUCUAUAGUAUAAGUUACAGUGAGUGAGGUCCUUUUGUUUUAUUGGAUCUUGACUUGUCUUGUCUUAUCAAUGUCUAUAAAGUAGAUAUUAUUAGGAGUUCAACCAUCUAUAUUUUUUGUGGUCUUGUGAAGAGAGAAAGAUUUUAUUAUAUUCCUAGCUUGAUGGGUAAAGAGAAUCAGUUGGAGACAGGAGUCAAUGAUCACGAUUGUCCACCCCUCAAGACCGAUGAACUAGCAACCGUGGCGCGUUACAGUACAGACAGUGACUCAGGGCUACCAACUUGUCGUGUAUGCCACUCCGCAGAAUCCGACAAACGAGGAGAUGCCGCCUUGGGGUUCUUGGGGAUCACUCUCAAAACCAAUGCAGACGAAACAGUUGAUGAUAAUGUCAGCAAAUCUACAGAGACUGAUAUCGAAAUGGGAAUCCUGCAGCAGCAUCAGGAUCCGUUGCUCGAACUUGGAUGCUCUUGCAAAAACGAGCUAGCUUUAGUACACUACGCCUGCGCUCUCAAAUGGUUCCUCAACCAUGGAUCAACCGUGUGUGAGAUCUGUGGGAUAGCUGCGGAUAAUAUUAAAACCGCUGAUUUCAACAAAGUGGUCAUUGCCUUGAGAGACCACACGGCGCUGCAUACAGAUGCAACCGUAGAUACAGACGAAGCUGCUGUGAUUAGAAGGCAAAGACUUAGUGAGAUAUCUUCAUGGUUUGGCCCACAUGCCUUGAAUAACAACAAUAACAGUAGCUCUGUUGCAGCUACUCAGGCUGUGUCUGAACAACCUUUAGGUGUUGUGAACUUUGGUGUAUUGCCUAUGGAGAACCGUGCGACUAAAUGGGCCGUGGAAGGGACAGGGAUACUGCUUGCUACUGGUUUGCUCACUGUUACUUUGGUCUGGAUCAUUGCUCCUCGUGUUGGAAAGGAAACUGCUAAGAGUGGAAUUCAUAUCCUACUUGGUGGAAUAUGUGCUUUGAUAAUAGUCAUCUUCUUCAGAUUUGUUGUGCUCACUAGAAUCAGGUACGGUCCUGCACGCUACUGGGCGAUCUUAUUCAUCUUCUGGUUUCUUGUGUUUGGUAUUUGGGCUUCUCGUUCCAGUUCUCACAAUAACUCUUGAAUCUAUCAUUCAUCACCAUCUCUCUGCUCUCUCUCUCUCUCUCUCUCUUUUCUUAAAGUCUUUGUAAUCUUAUCUUGGAGAUAAAAAUGUACAUUGUUUCAUCAAAAGAAAAAUAAGCUCAUGCUCGUUGA